AGUGAUUGAUGGAGCUACUGGUAUUAUUCUUUUUCAGAUCGGUGAUAGAAAUGAAAUCCUACAUUACUUUUAUUCCAAGUUUGACAAAUCCUACAUUGCUGGCUUAUGUAAAGAACUUGCUAAAGGUGCCAAAGAGAAAAAAGACCAGAUAUGUCUGGAACUUUUCAGACAAGCUGGGGAAAUUCUAGCAGAACACAUUCUUGGAGUUGGACCAAGAAUUGCAGAGGAAUUACUGAACACACCCAGUGGAUUACAGGUUGUCACAGUAGGGUCUGUCUGGAAAAGCUGGGACCUCAUGAAGGACGGUUUUGUGAGUGUUUUAAAGGACAGGAAAAGGAAUACCAGAAUAUCUAAGAUAAGUUUACUAGAACUGAAGGAGUCAGCAGCUAUAGGAGCUGCCAGUUUGGGGGCCAAGUCAAUCAAACUUAGUCUGCCUAUCAACUAUCAAAACAAUGCCUCUCUCUAUUUCCAGGCAGAAUUUUGAAUGACAUGACAUAUUUCAGGCAAAAUGAUGGUAAAAUUCAUAGGUUGCAUUUUGAUGUCUUUUUUUAUAGCCAGGGAAUAUUUCUUUAAAUUUCUUUUA